CGCCGUCGUAGAGCGUUAGUGUUUACACAAGAAAUAUUUUAAGGACAAAGCAUAGUAGAAAAUAAAAAGGAAGAAAAUAAAUAUGCGCUGGAAGUGUACACAGAAGAAGGGAAUCAGAAAACAAUAAUUAAGUAGUUGAAGUCAACUACAUUAUAUGGAAAAGUUGAAUAAUAAGAAAGUAAAAAAAAAACUCUCGAAGUAUUGUCUAGUUUCCCAAGAAAGUUCAAAAUUAAUUAAUGGAAAAAGUGAACUAAUAUACUGACGAAAGACGCGACUGCACUGCAGUACUUAAUUCAAACGACACUAACAAACUGUAAACCACAACGCAAUGGGUACAUUGCAUGUCUGCUUCGCCGAUGUGCCGCACUACACAAGCGCCACCUCGGCCUUAGCGGUUUCAACGCUGAGCACAACCAAGUCUACUGGAGCCACGUAUGAACUGCAUGGUAUGAAUGCCGGCACAGCAAAUAACAGCCUGGACGCGACGACAAUGACGUUGCAUACCGAUCCCAGCAAGGACAUGCCGCCCUGCAGCCUGUCGCCUGGUACCGCUAGUAGCACGCUCAGCAUUUCGCCAACUCCACGCUACGAACGCAAUAUGAGUUUCUUUCAACAACUCAGUCGGCGCUUUGGACUGCUGCGCUCCAGCGAUGACCCAGUUUUUAGUGCCACCGAAGAUGAUUCGACCGAUUCGUGCUCGUCGAACAUUAUUGCAAUGCCAACCGUGGACCGUUCAACCGGUGCAACAAAUACGUCAUCGCCGCCAAAUGGCGGUAACGCGGUAAACGCCAGUAUCAGCAAUAACAGUGCUGGCGCACGCUUGGAAACAAGUGACGCUUGUUUGAAGGAUGGUCACGGCUCGAGCAGUGAACACAUAUCGUGCGCUUCCAGCGAGACAAGCAGCACCGACGACAUUGACGAGCAACAACAGCAGCUACGUUCACCAACAACAACUACGAAAUCGACAGUAGCCAAAGAGCGACGCACCAGUGCACGCGCCAGCUUCUCGCGUCUGCAUCGUCGUUCCACCUCUUCCAUACGACGCGCUUUUGAAAACUUCUCGCUAUCAACACGUUCACUAUCAUGUAGCGGCGCUAAUGCGACAACCAGCGCCGACACGCCACACAACGUCCAACAACGCAGCACCAGCAAUAACACGCCCAUCAAAUCGGCACUGAAAUACAACUCGAAUGUGGAGCUGAACAGGAAGACACAGGCUAGUGGCGGUGGUGUCGGUUGUGGCACGUCGAAUUCGGCAACGAGCUUACACUUGUCAUCAGCAUCAGCUCCAAUUACGUCAUCGGCGAAAUUAAAGUCCUCCUCGUCGAAGGGCAAAACGAAGCCACCACCGCAGCGUAUACUCCGGCAGCCAGUCUCCUAUACCUAUUUGAAGGGUAUAUCGGGUCUGCCGACACAACGAGUGCCUCGCAGCGCUGUCUGUUGCCAAUACGCCAGGCGUUAGGGGCGAACAACAAAAGUACUUCAUUUACUGUAGCGGCGACAACGCUGCCGACAACAUCUGCGACAUUAGUUAUGCACCAACAAAGUGUUCAUCGUUACAUACAUACAUACACAAAUUAAAGCGUUUGCAGGAGAUGCGAAGAUACGAUUAUUCGACUAGUUGAUUGUUCGAGCGUUUAUUGUUGUUGGUUCGCAUUGAUGUGACGUUUAGUCCGUAGUAGAAGGUUUCUCCAGUUUGCCAUGAGUAUAAUAAUAAUGAAAAGUGGAAUGCGAGAUAAUUAUUAGGUACAUAAGUCGAGCUAUUUAUAACUUUGAAUAUACAAUAUAUUAUAUAUAUAUAAGCACAAAAAUAAAAUUCACACACACACACACUCGGACGUACACGUAUACACAGCGCGCACAGAUUUUGUAUAUAAGAGUCUUCGGUAUACAGGCACACGUUUAUAAGUAGUCAUAAAUUAACAUACAAAUUCAUGCAAACAUACUUACAAAUGUGCUUAUGCAUAUAAGCAGAUAAGCAUUUAGACGUCAUUUCAUUCGCUUUCGCUUUGUUUUUCGAUUGCAUCAAAAUAAUCUGUGAUAAAUAUCAUUUUCAUAUCGGAUGUAAACUCACAGCAAUGCCAGCAUUGCGCAUAAUACUUUUCAAAAAUAAAUAUUAAAUUGAUUAAAUCAGAAAUUUCACAAAAUUAAAGUAUAUGCACAUUAUAAUAAAUAUAUAUUAUUUUGUAGUUGUUUAACUUUUUUGUAACAUAGUGACUAAGUCGAUUCAUUGGUCGUUUAGGAAACUCUUAAAUUAUAAGAAAUUAUAGCUAUAUUAUAUAAAAUUUCUAAUUUAGCUACAAAAGAACACUUAUUAAAUAUAUUUCAUUUAAUAUUUUGUUAAAUUUUAUUGUUAUUAAUCUGUGCACCCAACAAUUUAUAAAAGUUUUUCUUAUCACAUAUUUGUAAAGAGGCGUGGAAAAUUGUAAAAAAUAAAUUUAUUUUAAAUUUUCGAUACAAAAAUUUAUCUAAAUUAAAAUAAUUGUAUUUUAUUUUUGUUUUACAAAAAAUCCGAGACAGUAGAUAUGAAAAUAUUUUUUUUAAAAACUUGAAAAUAAAUCCAAACUGCCGUAGAUAUGAAAAGGUAUUUUUGUGAACGGAACUGUCAGUAUAUACCACAAUAAUUAACGUUAUAAUGUUGGUUGCUGCUAAUAUUGGCGAAAUUGCAAACAACCCAACAUAAUCUCAUUUUAAAUAUAAAAUUAUUUUGAAUUUAUGAUAAAAAAAACUUUAUAAAUUCGGAUUAAAUUUAAAAUAUUUGAAAAAAACCUAAUUUACUGCAGUAUGAGUCCUUUUUUUAAUGAAACAAUCUACAAUUAUAAAGUAAAUUCUAUCACGAUAAUAGAGAAUUUUGACGAAUUUGCAAAAAAUCUAACAUAGCCUCACUUCACAAUGCAAAAACUACGCCUUAAUCGACGUUCGACACUAGGCUUAAAUAGAUAAUUUGAAGGUCUAAAAAAUACUGAAGAAAAAUUCUAGAUUGUGAAUUGGGAAUUAGUAAAUAUGCGAGUCUAAUGUAAUACGGCUGAUUUUAUUUUUUUUAUUUUAAAGAGUUUUAAAAGAUUAAAUUUCGCAAAAAUUUUAUUAUCGAUAAUUUAAAAUUUAAAUGUUUUACAAAUAAACUACAAAACUAUGCAAAUGUAUGCACAUUCAUAGAUUUUUAGAAUAAUAGUCACUCAAAUAUAAAAAAUUGUUUCUGUUUCCAAAAAUUCGAAUUAUUCCAAAUUUCUUAAGUGUCAAAACUUCGAGUUGACCACUGAUGAAAAAGUAUAUAAAACACAUUUUAUGUAUUCUUUUUUUAUUACCGAUAUUUUAAACUUCUAAAGCUCUGACAACAAUCCAACUAUACUACGAGACAUUCAGUGGAGAAAAUUUGUAUUCAGUGAACUUGGGUUUCAUUCCAUAUUCUCGAAAUGUGUUUUCAUAAGGCACAAUGUAAUACAAAUAUGGUUUUUCCAACAAUUUAUAAUAAUUUUGGCCUUUUCCAUUAUUUAACAUACAAUAUCAUACAUGUAUAUAAAAACUCGAAGAUAUCAUAGAAGCUCAAAUAUAACUUCUUUCUCUAUGAAGAAAACUUCUUCAAAGUGACAUUUUUCAUAUACGAGGUUUGUUCACAAAGUAAGAUAGCAAAAAUUCGAAUAAAUUAAAUAAAUGCACUACAAUAGCUACAAUUUCAACAAGCCACAUGACAGCCAUUAAAAAUAAAGAUACACACGUACUUGUCUGCUUUCAUUUGUGAAAACAUACAUUUUUAAAAUAAAUUGUAUUAACAAGAAAUUGACGACUUUAUAUAGUAACAACAAUAAUAUUGCUUAGAAACGCGAGGGAAACUUAUUAAAAGGGCGUAUACAUAUACAUACAUUUAUCACAUAAAUUAAUAAACGCAUUUAUAUUUGAUUUCAUAUACCUAUAUGUAUGUAGAUAUAUUUAUACUGCCAAAUAUUGAAUGCACUACAAGCGAAAAUAUAUAUACACUAGCAAGUUUCCAUAAAAAAUUAUUAAGUUAUUACGGUACUUAUGCAUUAAACACCUUGUCAGCACAAAGCUUUCAAAGUUUUCUUGAAGAGAAACAGAACUAUUAUAUAGUCCAAUAAAAAUCAAUAAAAAGCCUUAUACUCAAAACCUUUGAAUAAAUAAUGAAACAACCUAAUUUAAAAAAAAAUAUUCAUACAACUAUGUCGUUCUAUUGAAAGGUAAGUGGUAAAAAGUCCUAAAAACUAAUUCGUGCUUAACUUGCUGUUAAACACAAAAAAAUCUGUGCAGGUAUUUAGACACUUAUCUUUAUUAUAUAUUCUUGCUGCAUUGUCGAGCUAUAAGGUUUCGUAUAUUUUGCAAAAAUUAGUGAUAUCAAUCAGUUUCUUUCUGCAGAUCUCAAUAAGUAUCAAUCAACCUAUUCGAUAUCAUAAUAAACAAACUACGUAAGCUCUAGUUAAUAUAGCGUAAUAUCUUAUCCUCUCACGUGUCUGUUUUACUGUGUAGUCUGCAAAGGCAUUGGCCUUAAUUUUGAACUCGACGUCCAAUCGUUAAAAUAACGCACAGUAUUAAUGUUUGUUAAUUGUUUUAUAUUCGAUGUAGUUGAUGAAAAUAAUUCCAUGUGAAACCCAAUAAAUACUGACUAAAACUUUGUCUAGACUGUUGUUUUUUCGGAAAC